AUGACCCUGAAGGGACGGACGUCAGGACAUGAGGACGGGACAGACGAGGACGGGACAGACGAGGACGAGUCGUCUCCACCGUCGGGUGACUUCGUGCUCAGCAAGCAUUGUCCUCCGUUCUCGUCGUCGCAAGCGCCAACCGGGCGCCGCGUACCUCCACUCGAUAAGCUUGCAACCCGGCCACCCACGUACAUGUACAAGGUCGAAUACUUGUACGCUGCUCGGGGCAACGAUGCUGUGGACAGUCGCACGAGUCAGAGGCGUCUUGACGACGGCUCGGCGAGUUGGGAAAUUUUUAGCCUCGAGCUGGAAGAAGCGGAUCUCGAGCUCAACUCCGCCCCCAACAGCGGGUCGUCAACGGCAAUGUGCCCGUCGUGGGAAGGCGGCGCCAUUGGGACGAUGCGGGCUAGUCGAGGCGCUCCGCACGACGCACCAAGCAAGUUCGGUCGGUAA